UAUACAUACAAAUAAAGAUUUGCAGAUGAACAGAAAUAUUAAUUGGCCUUCGAGGAAUAAUAUCCAUCAUGCAACAAGACGGGAACCCAGAUUUCUAACCAGUCAGAUAUGGAUGAACGAUUUGGAAAACGACAUGCAAGCGCACGGAGUGGAAAUCGUCGAGAUUAAUUCAGCAGAUUCUUCUCAAUCGUCGAGUGAAGGCAACGACAAUCCUAAACAGCACCCGUGGAGUUAUGCUAGUAAGUUAAACAGGGAGGAAAGCGAGAACCCACAAGCCAGACCGAGAAACAUAAACGGUUAUUUGGCAGAAAAUAACGGACUCCAUAACGAAUUCGACGGUUCUUCUUACUUCAACAACUAUAGAACCCCGGGUACUGCCGAAAUUGAGGCAUUCAACCAAACGUGCUUCAAUAUACUCGAUAAGCUUUCAGCACUACAAGUGGUCAGUUCACCUGAAGAUUUCGAUUCCGACGAGGCACGUGAUGGCGACACGGACGCCCGAUGGAACGGCGAAGAUAACGAAUACGUUUUCAGCUCAGAUUUAGACCCGGAGAAACACACUAUAUGGAUUUAUUCGUUAAACAAUAGGCGGCUCCUUUCAGAGGACACCUACGAACUCGUCAACAUCCCAAGCCGCGACACUAUCUCUUCCGCUAAUUCCUCCGAAAACGACAUAGAACUGAAUACGAGCAAGUCCACUAGAGUGUCAAGCCCAAUCCCAGCUACCCAUAUUCCGAGAUUGGACCUUUCGCUCGGUGCCACUUUACCCAACGUGACAGAAGUGACCGAACCCAAAUCUUCGGAAUCUUUGAACCGAAAAUACGUGCCUAUAAGACAGAAGCCGACUAACAACUGGUGUGGGGAUAACUCAGAAAAGGCAACUAAGAACAAUGUUGCUAAUGUAGUUAAAUGGAUGGCGCUUUCACCGAGAGAAAAAGGUGACUCCCGACACAUUAACCCCCAAAUACAAGUUCAAAGUCUUCAAACAGUUGUUGAAGUUGCUCAAGAAGAGGAUAGAGUACAAGUCCCUGAAACUAAUUUUACAGAUCCCGCGAUUUUCAAGGCGAAAUCAAAUCGCGAAGACAAGUUAGACGAAUCAGACGAAACUAUCAAGACGCCUCCACAAAAUGAUACUCAAAGACCUUCGACUACUUCAAAAAGGAAGCAGUUUGUAGAUACUACCUAUUUAAUUUCACCAUUUGUGCGACCUGAUCUUAACUCAUUUACGGAAAAUAAAACUAAACCGACUCUUAAGAAUAAAGCUAGGAGUGCAUUAGAUGGCCGCAAAGUUGAAAAACGUGAUAUCACAGUCGGCCAACUCUUAAGAUCUCCCAUUAUCAAGCCAAAAGAAAACCUCGAGAAGCACAAUUCGAUCGCGGAGUACGGACGAAAAGGUCGCCUAGAUCGAAGACGUUUGUCCCCGCUCAUGGGCGCCUGGGGUCCGCUUGGCCACUAA